AUGUGCCUCGGCUAUCACCGACUCUACGCCGAGUGCGGCCACAACGCUCCCAUCAUCUACUCGAAAUGCCAGGCCAACACCACCCGCAACAACAGCCGCGAACCCGACGACUUCCGCGCCGGCGCACCCGGAUCCCACGAGCAGUGCAAACUCUUCUCCCCGCCCGAAAACCAGCGGCGGCCCGCCUACCUGAUGAAAGAAGGCGCCUGCGAGAGCUGCCGGCUCAAGACCGAACGAAAGCAGCAGAAGCAGCGGCAGAUCCUGCUGCGGGAGGAUCUCGACAAGUUGAAGGCCGAGGUGUGGAAGAGGAACAACCCGCGGAAGUGGAGGGUGCUCAACGCGGUCCGGAAGUUCCUGAAGCCGGAGAUUCCAGCUCCCGCGGAAGAUUGA